CCGGGAAAUGUAGUUGGGACUGCCGCCAUUAAGGGUGCUGCGGUCGGGCCUCCCCCACUCAUGGGAGCGGGGUGCUCAGAGCCCUGUCCAGCUUGACUCUGGACACCGCCAGGAAUGCGGCAGCCGCAACUGCUCUGCGAAACAGGCUGCCCGACCAGCCUGAAGGCUCUCGACAGCUCCUCGACAAGCAGCCCUGGGCAGCAGGAGCAGGAUUUUUCUGGGGGAUUAAGGCUGCACUGACCCGGUGGCAGCAGGGGUGCUGAGUCAUGGCUUCCAAGCACCAAGCUUCUUCCUCGAAGCAGCCAGAGAACAGGGAAAAGAAACCGAAAGGAGAAGAGGAGGAUGACACCUGGCGCUCCACCUUGGCAACCCUGAAAAUUGCUCCCAAGGAGAAACGCCCUGCCACAAUUGAUGGGCUGUGCCCCCUGAGCACAGCACUGGGUGCCCGGGUCUAUGAGGACUAUGACUGCACCCUGAACCAGACCAACAUCAGCGCCAACAACAACAAGUUCUACAUCAUCCAGUUCCUUGAGCACAAUGGUGCCUACAGUGUCUGGAGCCACUGGGGCCGCGUGGUGAGUCCACCUGGGCAUUGCUCAUCCCCUCCUGCCUUGUUCCUGCCUGCUUCCACUGGCAUGGGCCUGGUGGAGCAGGGAUGCAGAGGAGGUCCUGACCUGGUGUCCCUCAUCUUCAGGAGUGACAUGUUCUGGGAUGCCAUGCAGACCAUGAAUAUCGAUGUGAAGAAGAUGCCUCUGGGGAAGCUGACCAAGCAGCAGAUCGCAAGGGGCUUUGAGGCACUGGAAGAGCUGGAGGCAGCGCUGAGGGAGCAGCCCCCCGAGGCCACUCGCCUGGAGGAGCUCUCCUCACGCUUCUACACCAUCAUUCCACACAACUUUGGACGGGCACGGCCACCCAUCAUCAACUCCCCUGACCUGCUGUGUGCCAAGAAGGACAUGCUGUUGGUGUUGGCUCACAUUGAGGUUGCACAGAGCCUGCAGGCACAGAAAGAGAAGGAGGAGGAGGAGGAGGAGGAGAAAGAAGUCGCCCAUCCACUGGAUCAGAAUUAUGCCCUGCUCUGCUGCCAGCUCUCCCUGCUUGACCGAGCUUCCCAGGAAUACCAGCUGAUCCAAACCUAUGUGAUGCAGACUGGGCGCAAACUCCGCAUCCUCAACAUCUGGCAGGUGGCCCGAGAUGGUGAGGAUGAGCGUUUCAAGGCCCAUGACCUCCUGGAGCACCGGCGCCUGCUUUGGCACGGCACCAACAUGGCAGAGGUGGUGGCCAUCCUGAAGAGCGGGCUGCACAUCGUGCCCCACCCAGGCGGGCGCCUGGGCGAGGGCAUCUACUUUGCCUCAGAGAGCAGCAAAUCAGCCUGCCAUGUGGGCUGUACAUCUAAGAAGGUUGGCAUCAUGUUCCUGACGGAGGUGGCCCUGGGCAAGCCCUACCGCAUCACCUGCAAUGACCCCACGCUGCGUCAGCCACCUGCUGGCUAUGACAGUGUCCUGGCCUGUGGCCGGACAGAGCCAGAUCCUGCACAGGAUGAGGAGGUGCUGCUGGAUGGCAAGAAGGUGCUGGUGUGCCAGGGCAAGCCCAUCCCCAUGCCCACCUACAAGGACUCCUCCUUCAGCCAGAGCGAGUACGUCAUCUACAAGGAAAGCCAGUGCCGGAUCCGCUACCUUGUCCAGCUCCAGUUCUGAGGGUGCCUGGGAGCACCACGGCCCUGGCCCAGCACCAGGUGGUGACACCCAUCAGCCCAGAGCACCGUGAUCUGGUGUGGCAAGCACAUUUCUCUCUCUCAGGAUUUUUCAUAGAGGUGCACAGAGAGAAAGAAAGAGAAAACAAUUUCUAUUUCUGCUCCUUGUUUUUCCUUUGUGGAAUGUGCUUGGAGAAUUGUUUACCUAGGGUGAUUCCUUGAUUGGAUUCUGGUGAGAAUUGUUUGAGUCUGGUGGCCAAUCAGACCCACCUGUAUCUGGACUCUCAAGAACAGUGUCACGAGUUAGUAGUAGUUAGAUAUAGUAGUUAGAGAAAGUAGGUAUGUAGUUUUAGUAACUUCCUUUAUAUAGUAUAUUAAUGUAUUUUAGCAUAGUUAUAAUAAAGAAAUCAUUCAGCCUUUUGA